AUGAUGUCACAAGUUGUCGGGUGGCCGCGUAGCAGACAGGUGGGUCUGGACGCGUCUAGCCGUUUCGAACGGAUGUCAACUCGUUCGCAUGAGGAGGUGUUAAGAGCAGAGUGGAGUGUCAGGGUGAAGAACAGCCGCGGUGGGUGGUGGAUGGCAGAGGGUCGUCGGCCUCUGUCGAGCGCAGGUGCCUCGCCCCCGCCCGACGUCCCGCACUCCGCCCGGGGACUGGUUUCAUCGGGAUGCAAGCGGGAGCAGGGCUACGCACAGUUUACAUACAGGCAGUGGUUCAAAAUAUAA